AUGGUGCUGUACCCUCAGACAGGACCGGGCUCCCGUACCGCCAAGUUGAUCAAGUCCUUCUGGGCCAUCACUAAAGGCGAGCAACAAAUCACCAAUAGCCACUCUGCCAAGCUGUACCUUCAAGGCUGCAAAGUCUUUUGCGAGCAAAAGACAGCCGUUAAGUGUGUCGAAGUGCUCAUCUCCAACCCGCCUGGUGUCACUGCUCUUGAGGGAGCUGUGCGAGCCGACUUGGGUGCCGACUUCAUCACAUCAACUACCCUGCCCUUCAUCCAUGCUCUUUCGGACCCUGGCGUAGCAUCACUCAACGAUGGCCGCUUCCUCCGACAACUUUUGUCAGCUGUUCUUGAGCCAGCUACAUUUUGGGUUGCUUUGUUGCCUGUCUAUUACAGUGGCAGGCUUGACGAUGCUGGCUUGGAAGCUUUCGCAUGGCUUUGCCUUCAGAUCGUCUCCGACCAGAGCGGAAGUCUCGAUGCCCAUCAGAUCGGCGUCCGAAACCUGAUGGAGGACAAAUCCCUCCUCAAGUCUCAAUCACCAGAAGCCCGGAAGAUCGCCUAUCGCAUCAAAAAAGUCCUCGGCGCCUUUUCUCUUCCCAACGUCGUACCGAACGGCGUCAGUCCCGGAGGAAGACACGACAACGACCAUGCAGACUUUCGCAAGAUCUCCAUCUAUCCCACUUCUGAUGAGCUUCUAUCAACCGAUGAGCCUUAUCUCCAACGGCUAGCUGACGUCUUUGACACGCCCAAGGACACGAGAGGCCCUACUUACCGCGACUGGCUCUUUCGCCUACUCCGAGAGGACAUGGUCUCUGAGUUACGCGAAGAUCUACAGACCGCCAUGGGCCAGAAGAAGAGCAAGCGAAAGCCUGUCGCUUUAUCUCAGUUGAACCUGGUCGGCCUCAAUGACGUGAACGGAAACAACGCGAGCGGACAAAGGCCCAGGGCCAGCCCUCCGUAUACCCUCAACGUCGCAUGCAACCAGGGCAUUUAUUUCCCAAAGAAGCUUCCUAAAGGCGGAAAGAAGGCGUUUCUGGAAGAUACCAAGCAGUUCAUGAAGUACGACUCGUUUGGUGCUCUCUGCUGUGGCAAGGACAUCGUCGCCUUCGGAUCACUCGUCAGAGACAUCCACAACCUCACCCAGACACCCCCAGUCAUUGGAAUCAGAUUCACCGACGACUCGAGUCUAGGGAAGGCACUCGAGGCUCUCCGGGGCCCCGACCAGCAACAUUUGAGAUUUCUUCUCGUUGAUACAGCCACUUUUGCCUACGAGCCCAUCCUCAAGCGGCUCCAGACGAUGAAGGAGCUACCUCUGGAGGGCCAACUGAUCGACUCUGAGGAACCUUCUCAAGAUGCAGCCAGGCCAGAAGCACUGGAACUACUGAUCAAGAAGUUGAGAGCGUAUUCUACCCAGGGUAUGAAGGUCAAGAUGCCAGCAGGCGUGAGCCUAAAGAAGGAUAUUUAUCUUCAAGGCGCCCAGCUCGACUCCUUCAUCAACGGCCUGAGCCAAGAACUGGCCUUGAUCCAAGGCCCACCUGGAACGGGCAAGUCAUUCCUUGGCGCUCUCAUCCUUGUGGCUAUCCUUCGCCUGACAAACUAUCGCAUCCUCGUCCUCAGCUACACGAACCACGCCCUCGAUCAGUUCAUGGAGGAUCUCUUGGACAUGGGUGUCAAGCCUGAUCAAAUGGUCCGCCUUGGCUCCAAGUCCACAGAAGCUACCAAGAGCACCCUUUUGAGAGAGUACGAUCAGCAGAAGAGAUACUGGUUGACCCCAGAAGAGAGAGCCAUCCGCAACCGUCUCCAGAUUGCAUCGGCAUGUAUUUGCAGCGAACUCGAGGGCUGCUGCAAGAAGCUAUCUGGACAUAUUGAUUCGAGCGAUAUUAUCGAGUACCUGGAGUUUUCCGAUGGCUUCACCCCUGCCUGGGCAGCAUUCCAAGUCCCUAAAGACGACGGCUUCCAGAUAGUUGGCGCAAACAACAAGGCUCUCACACCAGACGCUCUCUACGACUUUUGGUACAAGGGUUUCCCGGUCACCCAGUUCGGCGGGCUCCUAGAAUCUUUGGACCCGUCGGCCCAAGUGGUCUGGGGGCUCUGGCCUGAACAGAGGCAGCAGCUUCACUCUCAGUGGUGGUACGCUGUUCGUGCAGAGCAGGCAGACACAUUUGUCGAGCUCAGCAAACGAUACCAACAGAUUGAGGCCGAGAUCAAGAGCAUCAGAAACGAAAGCGCACGAAGGGUCCUCAAGGACAAGCGAAUCAUUGCCUGUACGACAACUGCUGCAGCGAUGCAACAGUCCAUCAUCGAGACUGCCAACCCCGAUGUCAUUCUCGUCGAAGAAGCUGGAGAAAUCCUUGAAGCCCAUGUCAUCACGGCACUGAGUCCUUCUGUCAAGCAGAUCAUUCUCAUCGGUGAUCACAAGCAGCUACGGCCCAAGGUCAGCGACUACAAGCUCACCAAGGAAAAGGGCGAAGGUUACGACCUGAACGUCUCCCUAUUUGAGAGAUUGGUCUGUCAAGGUCGUCACUUUACAACCCUUCAAGAGCAGCACCGUAGUCAUCCAGACAUAUCGUUCUAUCCACGCAUGCUGGCCUAUCCCGAGCUGAAGGACAUGCCAUCAACCCACGACCGCGCCUCUAUUCGAGGUUUGAAGAGCAGAGUCACUUUUGUGCACCAUCAACACCCCGAGGAUUCGAUGGCUGAUGUGACUGAGCGUCGUGAUCCAACAGCCAAGGCCAGCAAGAGAAACCAGCACGAAGCGGACAUGGUCUUGAAGAUGGUCAAGUUCCUGGGUCAACAGGGAUACAAGACGGAGAACAUGGUUGUCCUCACGCCGUACCUCGGUCAGCUCUUCCUCUUGAAGGGGAUUCUCCGCCAGGAAACUGAUCCGUAUCUCAACGACUUGGACUCGCAUGAACUCGUGCGAGCCGGGUUACUCACCCAAGCCAGCGCCAAAGUGAACAAGAAGUCGCUUCGUCUUUCCACCAUCGACAACUACCAGGGAGAAGAGUGCGACAUCGUCAUCGUGUCCUUAACUCGCAGCAAUGCAUCUGGCGACAUUGGUUUUCUUCAGGCCCGCGAACGCUUGGUGGUGCUCUUGUCGAGAGCUCGCAACGGACUGAUCAUCUUUGGCAACAUGGACACCUUCAUGAAGAGCAAAAAGGGAGGCGAGAUGUGGACAGAGUACUUUGACGCUCUGAAGAAGAAUGAGUGUCUGUUUGAUGGUGUGCCUGUUUUCUGCGAACGUCAUCCAGAGACAUCCAUGCUGCUGAAGUCCCCAGAAGACUUUGAUGUCAUGUGUCCUGACGGAGGAUGUGCAGAGCCUUGUGGUGUCAAAUUGAGCUGCGGCAAACACACCUGCAGUAGACGCUGCCAUCGCUUGCAAGAUCAUUCACAAAUCGUCUGUCAAGAGCAAGUCGAGCGAACAUGCGACAGAGGCCACAAGUCCAAAGUCCCUUGCGGAGAUACCUCCGGUAGCUGCAAACCCUGCGCCAAAGAAGAUGAAGAUGAUCGUCGAAGAAUCAUUCGCAACUUGGAGCUCGAGAGGAAGCGUCAGGAGCAGCAAGACAAAUACCGCCUUGAUCUGCAGGAGAUGGACGAUGAGAUCGACCGCCUUCGUCGUACCAGGAAGUAUGAGACGGAAAAGGAGCAACAAGCAGAAACUUUGAAACAGAAGGAGGAGGAGCUGAGAGCACUUCGAGAGACUGAAUCCAACUUGGAUAAGAUCAAGAAGUCUCAACAGAGCAGAUCGGUGCAGCCAGCAACCCCAGACCCUGCACCUCAGUCCAACGCUUUCUCCAACGCUUCCAAUGAAUGGAAGAACAUGAAGCAGACUGAGGGUGCCAGCAAUGCUGCCUUGGACAAACUCAUGGGUAUGAUAGGACUCGAGGCCGUCAAGGAGGAGAUGCUUUCCAUGAAGUCCUUUGUGGACACAAAGCUGCGUCAGGGUUUUACGCUGAGCGGGGAGAGAUUCAGCUGUUCGCUGCUUGGGAACCCAGGAACCGGCAAAACAACCGUCGCUCGCAUCUAUGGCGAAUUCCUCACCUCAGUCGGCGCCAUUGCUGGGAACUGUUUCGAAGAAGUGACCGGCUCAAAGCUGGCCAACAUGGGUGUGCCCGGCUGCGAGAAACUUCUCGAAAAGAUCAUGGACAACGGCGGUGGAGUCAUGUUUAUCGACGAAGCCUACCAGCUCUCCUCCGGCAACAGCCCUGGCGGCAAGGCCGUCUUGGACUUUCUACUCGCAGAAGUUGAGAACCAAAGAGGCAAGAUUGUCUUUGUUCUGGCGGGAUACAGCAAGGACAUGGAGUCGUUCUUCGCUCACAACCCGGGCAUCCCAAGUCGAUUCCCCAUUGAGAUGAAGUUUGAGGACUACACCGACGAGGAACUUCUGAGCAUCCUGCAACUCCAGACUCAUCGCAAGUUUAAGGGGAGGAUGAAGGUUGAGGAGGGCCCAGAUGGUCGCUUCUUCCGCAUCGCGUGUCGACGAAUCGGCCAUGGUCGUGGUAAGAACGGCUUUGGCAAUGCCCGCGCUGUUGAGAACUGUCUUCAACAAAUCACUAUCAGACAGGCAGCAAGAAUCAGGAGGGAACGAAAAGCGAAACGCACUCCAGACGAUCUUCUGCUCACCCGCGAAGACAUCAUCGGGCCGGAGCCAUCUGAAGCGUUGACCAAGAGCAAAGCGUACCGAGAGCUCAACUGUCUGAUAGGACUUCAAGAAGUCAAGGAUGCCCUCAAGAUGUUGAUGGGCACUCUCAAGACAAACUAUCAGCGCGAGCUAGAUGAGCAGCCUCUGGUCGAGUUCUCUCUCAACAAGGUCUUUCUGGGAUCCCCUGGAACCGGCAAGACGACAGUGGCCAAGCUUUACGCCGAGAUCCUCACGGACCUAGGGCUCUUGUCAAAUGGCGAGGUCGUGGUCAAAAAUCCAGCUGACUUUGUGGGAGCGCAUAUUGGACAGUCCGAGGUUCAGACAAAGGGUAUCCUUGCCUCGACAGUAGGAAAGGUCCUCGUCAUUGAUGAGGCGUACGGUCUCUACGGAGGAGGGAAGAAGACUUCUGGUACCGACGUCUUCAGGACAGCCGUUGUGGACACCAUCGUGGCCGAAAUUCAAAGUGUACCUGGAGAAGACCGAUGCGUACUCCUCCUUGGUUACAAAGACCAGAUGGAGGAGAUGUUCCAAAACGUCAACCCUGGCUUGAGUCGACGUUUCCCCCUCUCGUCCGCUUUCGUCUUUGAAGACUUUGACGAUGCUGCCCUUGCCAAGAUUCUCGACAUGAAGCUGGGCAAGAAGGGCUUCUCGGCUACCGACAAGGCCAAGCAGGUGGCUAUCGAUGUUCUCCGCAGAGCAAGAAACCGCCCCAACUUUGGAAACGCCGGUGAGGUUGACAUUCUCCUCAACGAAGCUCAGGCAAGCCACCAGAAGCGUGUCUCUAGCGACAAGGUCAGAAGACACGGAAAGUUGGAAGCGAUCGACUUCGACAAGGACUUUGACAGAGCUGAAAGAGGGGACACUGAUGUCAAGAAACUUUUUGAGGGCGACGUCGGACGAGACAAGCUCAUCUCGGUCCUGCAAGGUUAUCAGACCCGAGUCAGAAAUGCCAAGUUGUUGGAUAUCGACCCUGAGAUCCCCUACAACUUCUUGUUCCGCGGGCCGCCCGGAACAGGCAAGACAACAGCGGCACGCAAGAUGGGCAAAGUCUACUACGACAUGGGCUUCUUGGCUAGCACAGAAGUCAUCGAGCGCUCCGCCACCGAUCUGAUUGGCGAGUACGUUGGACACACUGGGCCAAAGGUGCAGCAACUUCUCGAAAAGGCCCUAGGAAGGAUCCUCUUCAUCGAUGAGGCUUACCGCUUGGCAGCUGAGAGGAACUCUUUUGCCAAGGAAGCGGUGGAUGAGUUGGUCGACUCUGUCACAAAGCCAAAAUACCAGGGCAAGCUGAUCAUCAUCCUGGCUGGCUACGUUGAGGACAUCAACGCUCUCCUCAACAUCAACCCCGGAAUGACCAGCCGGUUCCCGGAGAGCAUUGAUUUCGACCCUCUUGAUCCUUAUGCCUGCAUCAAGCUGAUGACGAGUCACCUGCAAGCAUGGAAGGCCAAGCUCAAGGGAAAGAAGCCUAUGGAUCUUUCAUGCCUGGAGAAGUCUCAUUGGCGUUUUAUCCAAAAGUUGGAGGCCAAGUUCCGAGCUCUGUCAUUGCAAGACAGUUGGGCGAACGCUAGAGACGUCAAAGAACUGGCCAAGAAGAUCUUCCACAAGGUUGAUCUCUCCUCUGCAACCCUGAAGAUCACUGAGGCUCUUGUUCUUGCCACGCUUGACGAAAUGGCUGCUGAACGUGCUGGAAGGAUGAACAACGCAAAGAAGCCUUCGGCACAGAAAUCUGCAACCGCACUAGCUGACGGACCAAAAUUCGCGCCCAGCACUCAGACCAGCAGCUCAACAAAAGCUCAAGAGAAGCACAGUGACGAUGAAUCAGAGGAUGACCAAGAUGUUAGCCCGGCAAAUCCAAGGAGCAUCCGAGACCCCGGUGUGAGCGAUGAAGUCUGGGAGCAACUCCAGAGAGACAAGGAGAAGGAAGCCCAAGAGGAGAAAGAGCUUCACCGACUCAAGAAAGCCCAGAAAGACGCCAGUGACGCGGACAGAGAGAGACUCGUACGGGAGAUAUUGGCUGAGGAAGACAGACGCAAGCAGAUCGAGGCGAAAAAGGCAAAGCUCCAGAGAAUGGGAAUCUGCCCUGCUGGAUAUCAUUGGAUAAAGCAGGGUGAUGGAUACCGGUGUGCUGGGGGGGCCCAUUGGGUGCCCAAUGAGGCCAUAGACAAGCUGUAG